AACAAUCAAGGCUUAUUUUAAGGAGCCACAUUUAAAUUUAAUGGAGGCAUUUUACUGUAUCAAAUAACGAAUACUUAUAACGAUGAAAGUAUUUACUUAUUUGUAGUCAUUAGAUGGCACACUCUUGAUCAACUUUUACAGCGAUCCAUAUGACAGCCACAACAACCUAUAACCUAAUUUCUUUAAUGUCAGUUUUAAGAAAAAUUCAUAAUACAAUGGCAUGACAAAAUGAAUUAUAGAUCACAUUGAAAGAAUAAGAGGGCUCAAAUAACCGAGGAGAAUGAUUAAGUACUUUGAUGAUGUGAUUUACCAAAUCCUAAACCUAUACACAUAUUGCACUAUUGUAUCAAAGCUGCAGCAGCGUGAAGAGUGGCUCUAUCAGAGAACUGGUAAAUUUGUUUUUAUAGUGGAAUGGAAAUAAUGGGAUCAACAGUUCAGCAAAAAUUCAUUUUGUGAUCUUCUAUGUCUUAUGUUGUGUCUUCUGAGACUCACCCUCUGUCCAACAGGCUCAUCUAGUCAGUCUUGCUGAACAGCUUCAGCGGCAUUCUGUUGUAAACACACACACACAUACAAACACACACACACAUACAAACACACACACAUACAAACACACACACACACACACACAAAGACACUUUGAAGGAAGAGGUGGGGCCACACUGAAUGGUUGAAGUCACAUCCCCCCCAGUUGGAGCGACAGCUGCAGUCAAUACAAGACUCUGCUUCUACGAAGAACAAUUGAAAUUGUGUUCCUGCUGGCCCCAGUGUGUUCAGCAUGGCAGCUGUCACCUGUGUGCUAUGGGAGGACAACUUUCUGUGCUCUAUCUGCCUGGACGUGUUCACAGCUCCCGUCACCAUACAGUGUGGACACAACUUCUGCAAAGCCUGCAUCAUUGAAAACUGGAGAAUCAAUAGAAAACGCCAGUGUCCCGUCUGCAAAAAGUCUUUCGACACCAGAACUGAGGUGCACGUCAAUACCUUCAUAUCUGAGAUGGUUGCUCAGCUGAGGCAGUCGGCCAUGAAAAAAUCCUUGGAAGUUGCCCUAGCAGGUGAGGUUCCCUGUGAUAUCUGCGCUGGGACCAAGCUGAAGGCUCUCAAGUCCUGCCUGGUGUGUCUGUCCUCGUAUUGUGAGACUCACCUGGAGCGACAUCGGACAGUGUCAGGGCUGAAGAGACAUAAGCUCAUCGAGCCUCUGGUCAACCUUGGUGGCAGAAUGUGUACAAAGCACGAUGAACUCAUGAAGCUGUUCUGCAAGACAGACCAGAUGUGUGUGUGUCACCUUUGCUAUGAGCUUGACCACAACUCACACCAUGUUGUAACCCUGAGUGAGGAAUGUGAAGAAGAGAAGGCUAAGCUGGCGAGUACGGAGGCUGAAUUUCAGUACAUGAUCGAGGAGAGGCAGCUGAAGGUGCUGGAGCUCAGAGGGUCAGUGCAGCUCAGCAAAGAAGCUGCAGACAAAGCAGCAGCAGAUGGUGUACCUGUCUUCACUGUCCUGAAGCAGCUUUUGGAGACGGAUCUGUCCAAGCUCACAGAAGAGAUCAAGAGGAAACAGGAAAUUACAGCAAAUCACGCCAAGGGCCUUAUGGAAGAGCUGGAUCGGGAGAUCUCCGAGCUGACAAGGAGAAACGAUGAGGUUAAGCAGCUGUCACGCUCUGACGAUCCCCUCCACCUCCUCCAGAACUCCUCAUCCCUGAGGACCUUCCCACCCACUAAAGACUGGGAGAAAGUCAGCCUCCAUCAGCCAUCGUUUGAGGGGACCGUGGCAAGAGCCGUGGCCCGCCUCAAAGAGACACUCAGCAGAGACACAAUGGCCCUGCUCGAGGCUGAACUAAAGAGGGUGCAGCAGUACGCAGUGGACGUGACCCUCGACCCUAACACGACACACCCCACACUCACCCUGUCUGUUGAUGGGAAACAAGUGAAUCACAGUGAUGUGGACAUGACUCUUCCAGACAACCCGGACAGAUUCUCUACUUGCAUCCUUGUCUUGGGGAGGCAGAGUUUCUCCUCCAGCAGGUUUUACUAUGAAGUCGAGGUUAAAGGGAAGACUAAGUGGGAUCUGGGAGUGGCCAGUGGUUUGGCAAACAGGAAAGGACUAGUCACUUCAAGCCCAGAAGCCGGCUACUGGACCCUGCAGCUAAGGAAUGGAAAUGAGUACACAGCUCUUGCCGACCCUGACAUCUUGCUCCCGCUGAAAUCGCGACCUCAGAGGGUGGGGGUGUUUGUAGAUUAUGAGGAGGGUUUAGUCUCAUUUCAUGACGUUGACACUGCAGAUAUUAUCUACUCCUUCACUGGCUGCGCCUUCAACGGCAAACUCUACCCUUUCUUCAGUCCUUGCUUCGACGACGGAGGUGUAAACUCUGCCCGUCUCAGAAUCUCUUCUGUUCAUGAAGCUGAUGUUAUAUAAAGCUAUCCAUAGAUAUUGUGGCAAUAAUCAUCCUCACACUUUAACAUUGUUUUAAUUGUUUUGGCCAAGUUAAUGUUGGUAGAGUUGUUUCAUGUAUCUGUUACUUUUACUUUUAGCAGACUUGAUGUGUAGAUAUGCAAUUUUUAAUCCAUUCAUAACAGAAUGUUGCGCUAAAUAAAUGUAUUAUUAUUAUUAUUGCUUAACAGAGAUAGAAUAACAGAAGUGGUGCACAUAGCAUACCUCACAAUCCUCUUUCACAUUUUUCUUAACUUGUUAUUAAUUGUUUUAGACGUAAUAGAGCCUUGUGAUUUAAAUCUAUCUAUUGUUGUGUAUUUAGUAUUUUGGUUUUGGUUCCAGGGUUGAAACUAAUUUGUAAGUUGAAAAAACUACUAUUUAUUUGCUUCAAUGUGAUGUUGUAUUUUAUGUUUUAUAAUUGAAUAUUGUAGUUUCUUGUUUUUUCUAUAUUUUAUCUGUAUUUAUCUUUUGUAAUCAGCAGUGGCUGGACAGGGUAUGGUCACUGUCAUUUCCAUGGUUUUAUGGAUGAAUAAAUUGAAUCUUGAAUCUUGGAUAAGCCGGUGCUCAUCUGCCAAUGUCACGUCCAGCUGACUAUUAUUAUAAAAUUGACAUCUUGUU